AUGUCCGAGCAAAAGUCGCAGCAUUUCGAAACUCUGCAGUUGCAUGCUGGCCAGAAAGUCGAUCCCACGACCAAGUCUCGCGGUGUUCCUAUCUACCCCACGACUUCGUACGUUUUCGACGAUAGCCAGAACGCUGCCGACUCUUUUGCCCUCAAGGUGCCCUCGUACGUCUACAGUCGUGUUGCUAACCCCACCAACGAGGUUUUUGAGAACCGAAUUGCCGCCCUCGAAGGUGGUGUUGCUGCUGUAGCCGUCGCCUCGGGUCAGGCCGCCCAGACGGUCGCCUUGGGCGCUCUUGCUACUGUUGGCCAGAACAUUGUGUCUACUUCCCAUCUUUAUGGAGGCACCUACAAUUUGUUGAAGGUCCAGUUCAAAAGAAUCGGAAUUGACGUCCGUUUCGUGAACAGCGACGACCCUGUUGAGUUCGAGAAGGCAAUUGACGAGAACACUCGGGCUAUCUAUGUUGAGAGUAUCGGCAACCCCGGCUAUAGCAUUCCCGAUUUUGAGGGCUUGUCUGCUCUUGCUCACAGACACAAGAUUCCGCUUGUCGUUGACAACACGUUCGGUGCUGGUGGAUACGUCGUACGCCCCUUCGACUUUGGCGCAGACAUUAUCGUCCACUCUGCCACUAAGUGGAUUGGUGGUCAUGGUACUACCCUUGGUGGUGUUGUGGUUGAUUCUGGCAAGUUCAACUGGCUUGAGACCGGCGACAAGUACCCCAAUCUCACGGGGCCCUCAGGAGCCUACCACGGAAUGGUUUUCACCGAAACCUUCAAGGAAGCUGCAUUUGCCGCCUACGUUCGUCUUGAACAGCUCCGCGACUUUGGCGCUGCUUUGAAUCCGUUCGCCGCUUUCUUGUUGCUUCAGGGCACCGAGACCUUGUCGCUCCGUCUUGAUCGCCAGCAGGAGAACGCCAUGAAGCUGGCUCAGUUCUUCAGCAAGCACGCAAACGUUGAGUGGGUCUUGUAUCCUGGUUUGGAGAACCACGAGUCACAUGAGCGGGCUAAAAAGUACCUCAAGCACGGAUAUGGUGCUAUGCUGUCUCUUGGUGUGAAGAAUGGCAAAUCCGCUGCUGUUGUUGACAACCUCAAACUUGCCUCCAAUCUUGCCAAUGUCGGUGACUCUAAAACCUUGGUUAUUGCUCCCUUCUAUACCACCCACUCUCAGUUGACUGAUGAGGAGAAGGCCACCGCUGAGGUUAGCUCCGAACUCAUCCGUGUUUCCGUGGGUACUGAGCACAUUGACGAUAUUAUUGCCGAUUUCGAAACUGCUUUCAAAACCGUAUAUAACUAG